AAAUAUUAAUGCCUAAAAUUUUUAGACUAAAAUUUCGGUAAUAGAAGUUGCUAACACCUUGACUGACAUCAAAUUUUUGUAAACAAAGUAGGAAGAACAUUGAAAUAAUUUAUAAAAUUCAAAGAUAUGGCAGAUAGACUAACUCAACUUCAAGAUAUGGUGAAUCAGCAAGCUGAAAAUAUUUGUAAUUCAAUCGGUGUUCUUCAACAAUUUUCUGUACCGAGUAAAUUUUCGGGCUUUGAUAGAUCGGGCUCUCAAACACCUCAACAGACUAAUAUUCCGCCACCUCAAGAGGAUUAUGCUCAACUCUUUUCAACAUUAAUAACUCGUUGCGCCAAAGAUAUUGAUCAACUUAUUGAUUCACUUCCUAGCGACGAAAGCUCUCAAGAACUGCAAGUUCAAAGCCUCCAAUUACUUGAAGAAGAAAAUCGAUCUGAAUCUGAAAAACUUGAAGAAGUUGUUAAACGAGGGGAGGAAAUGCUUGAAAAGAUCCAGGGUGUCUUAAGUAACAUUGCCCAACAUAUGAUAGAGACUCGUUUGUCUAAUGAAUGAUAUAAAAAUAACUGAAGAAGGCUGUUAAAAUGUGUAAGAAAAUAAAUAAUAAGUUUAAUAAUUUUUUUUGAGUCUUCAUUGAGAAUAAAAUUAAAAAGUUAAGCUUUCAUUCACAAAA